CUCCAUGCAGUAGGCAUUCUGGGUGGGAAACUACAGCACAUUGAUUUAGCUACACGGUGCUGGUGAGCAACCUCUACGUCAAGCUAUACUUAUGACGCAACUGCGGGGCAGUAUCAUUUCCAAAAAGGCUGUCUCGUUCAAGGAGAGCCAGGCAACGUUCGCAGCGGUGGAGAUGCUUCAUUCAUGGUGAGGCAAAUCUGAGAGCCAUGGCUCAGACAACCCACCCACCGCAGUGCCAGGUUCAAGGGGCGUGGGGGGUUGGUUGUUGGUAACGAGGCCGGGGUAUGUACCUCAGGUAGUAGGGAGGUUCUCCGUACUAGCUAUGGGGAGCUCCUCCUGAGGGGAUAUAUAUAUAAAACUACCUCACCUCCCGCCCCCUUUCUACUAUCGAUUUCUUUCUUGUCGCUUGUGCACCACCCGCCUGACCCUGUCGCCCUCUUUUUCCCUUGUACAUACCCAUAACUUAUAUAACCGUCAUAUACCAUCGUCAUCACGAUCAUGUCUACCGACCUCAAGCCCCUCCGCAUCGUCAUGGCCUGCGACGACGCUGGCCACCCCUACAAGGAGACCAUCAAGGCUGUCCUCGAGAAAAACCCGCUGGUUGAGUCCGUCAUCGACGUGGGCGUCAACUCCUCCUCUGACAAGACCGCGUACCCUCAUCCGGCCGUCGAGGGCGCCAAGCUGAUCAAGGAGGGCAAGGCUGAUCGUGGUCUCUUCAUCUGCGGCACCGGCUUGGGCGUCGCCAUUUCUGCCAACAAAGUGCCGGGCAUCCGUGCCGUGACGGCCCACGACCCCUUUUCUGUCGAGCGCUCCGUCCUCAGCAACGACGCUCAGGUGCUGUGCUUCGGUCAACGGGUCAUCGGCAUCGAACUGGCAAAGAAACUCGCCUCCGACUGGCUCACCUACCGUUUUGACCCCAAGAGUGCCUCUGCUGCAAAGGUCCAGGCCAUCUGCGACUACGAGACCGCCCUGGGUGCUGCUCAGCAGUAACCCUUUUUUUUUCUCUCGUCUAAAUAACCCACCUUUACUACUUCUUCUGUUUCCUUCUUUUCGGGUCGACGUGACCGGCUCCCGACGUGCGAGCGCAGCGUGAGCCUAGUCUGUCAGUUUGUUCUUGUUUUUUUUUUUU